AUGGCAGACAACCACAACAAUGGAGGCAAGAAAUGGAAGGAGUUGAAACUACCUCCUAUUGUGGUACACAACAACGGCACGAGCAACUAUGGUGACUUCAAGAAGAAGGGAGAACUAAUUCUCAACGCAGCUGGCUAUUGGAAGCAUAUCAACGGUCCCCUGUACAAUCCUCCCCAAAUCCCGACUCUUGUCCAGACGACCAUGGCCCAAGGACUGGAUCCCCAUGGUGUCUUGACCUGGUUCACAAUGCCUGGAAAUGAAGAUGCAGUAGGGACUGCUGAAACAAACGCUGCCUCGUGGCUUGAAACAGACUGCAAAGUCAAAGCAGUGAUUGGGAAAGUUGUCCCCGAUGGCAUGUGGCACAUAGUCAAAGGGUGCAAGACCGCACAUGAGAUGUGGUUCACGCUGCGUGACAAAUUCAAGCUGUCGAACCACUCUGUUGCAAUGGCACUGAAGCAACAAAUCAUGGCCUGUCAAUGUGGAGAUGACCCAAUCAACUGGCAUGAGCAAAUGGUGAAACAAUACCAGAAGUUGCAAGAGAUGGGAACCUCGACCCUUUCUGACUUGGAUUUCCUGUGA